UCAGCUCCUCUGCCUAUAAAUAGGCGCCUCCACUUGCGGUUUGGCAACAGCACACCCAGCAAAACCUUCCUCAAACAGCCAGCAAGCUCGAGCGAGCUCCUAGUCCAGUCCUUUGCAGCAGCAAGAACACAUACACGUCUCACUGAGAGCAAGCUCUCGAUCGUUUGAGCCAUCAUCCAUGGACUUUGACCUGCUGAUGAGCUCCAGCCCGGAGGCGCAGCUCGCGCUGAUGAACACCAUGCUUCAGCUGGAGCAGGCGCUCAACGACCAGUCGCUGAUGAUGGCGGAGGCGUCGCCGCCGAUAUCGCCCGCGCAGACCCCUUCGCACAGCCUCUCGCCUCCGCCGCACGUGUCCACGGCCUGCGCGCCCACCGACGCCGGGUAUUUUUACCACCAGGACAUGCAUGCCCAGGCCGCCGCGGCGGGGUACGCCGACGCCGGCACCGGCGGCGUGCACCAGGAGUACGUGGUGUCUCCGGGCGCCGUCGUCUUCGACGGCCCUACCGGCGCGCCGCAGGGGUACUCCUCGUCUCCGUCGUCGUCGGACGCGAUGCGGGAGAUGAUCUUCCACAUCGCGGCGCUGCAGCCGGUGGACAUCGACCCGGAGGCGGUGCGGCCGCCCAAGCGCCGCAACGUGCGGACCUCCAAGGACCCGCAGAGCGUGGCGGCGAGGCUGCGGCGGGAGCGCAUCAGCGAGCGCAUCCGCGUCCUGCAGCGCCUCGUUCCCGGCGGCACCAAGAUGGACACCGCCUCCAUGCUCGACGAGGCCAUCCACUACGUCAAGUUCCUCAAGUCCCAGGUGCAGUCGCUCGAGCUCGCCGCCGCCGCCACCGGCGCGGCCGCCCACCGCGCCGCCGCCUUCGCCUACCCCGCCCUCCAGCACGCGCCGUGGUAGCUCAUCCUCCUCAGCACUCAGCACGGCCCGUCGACGCUUCAGCUACCAUGAUAGUGAUUCAAUAAUCCUUCCCGUUUCUGUCGCCGCGCGCACCAGCUCGUCGUCCCCGAUCGCUUUUGGAGUUCCUCGGAUGAUUUCUGUAGCUCUGUGCGGAUGUGUAGUGCAUGGUCGCAUAUUCGCAUGCAUGUGUGUAAAGAUGUGUAGUAGGAACCUUCUAGUUACAUUUAUUGCCGUUUUGUUACCGCAUGCUAGCUAGCUCGCACGUGGUUUGCUCCAAGCUUUUUUUGGACUCGCAAGCCCGUCCAUGCGCGUUACCUACGUACGUACGUACUACUACUAGUGUACUUACUACCCCUAGGGAUGUACACUUUUUCACCUUAUCAAUGCAGUAUUUGCCAUGCA